UGGUGGUGAAAACCUAGCAGCCAAUCCCUCUGUUUCUCGAGCCUCGCCCCCCUCCCCUGCACCUCGAAUGCGCCGCCUCCUUCCCUCCCUCUCCCCUGCACCUCGAAUGCGCCGCCUCCUUCCCUCCCCUUCGCUUCUUUCUAAGGCGGCGGUAGCCUACAGGCAAAGGGCAACGGCGACGACACUCGAUUUGAUCUGCAUGAGAAAGAGAAGAAGAUAGGGAGAGAGAUAACGGAGGAGAGGAGGGAGAAAGAGGAGAUGGAGGUGCCGCGGCGGAUGGGAGAGGGUCACCGGAAGGAGCGCCGCUGGCUCGUCAUCAUCACGCUGGAGGAGAGAUGCCUCUGUACAUCCCUCACACCAGCAGGUCGCCGAGGAGGAUCUGCCACCGGAUCCGCGCAGUUGAGGGUGAGGAGGAUGGAGGUGAAGGAAGCAGCAGCAAGGAUGGUGGCUGCUGAUGGGGGAGGGGGCGACGUCGCGCUUCUCGCCACCUCCACGUCCUCGUCGCCCAGUAGUCCUUUGCUCCUUGUCUUGCAACUCCAGCGACAACAGUUCGUCUCGAAAAAAUGGUGGCAGUGAUGAUUGAUUUAAGUAUCAUGUUUGCUUAUAUGGAAAUAGGGGAUUUACUUCCGAUGAUGUGGCUAGUGGUGGUCUUCUCUUCACUCUCGUGUUUCAUAAAUUUUCCCCUUGGACACCCACUUAUCUGAAAUAUGUGUCUUACCAAUUUGAUGCUGGUUCACCUGCAGGUUCAGUGAGUAGGGAACAUGUAUAAUGACUACUGUUGAUCUUUGUAUUGCGAGACAAUGCUUUCCAGCUUGAUGAGAUAUGGUCAUUCUUAAAAGGUACUCCCUCCGUUCGGAAUUACUUGUCUCGGAAAUGGAUGUAUCUAGAACUAAAAUAUGUUUAGAUACAUCCAUUUCUGCGACAAGUAAUUCCGAACGGAGGGAGUAGAUCUAUUACAUAUUGAUUGAAAAUGGUGUAGGUGUGCUCUUCUGUGACCACCUGAUGUGAUGUGAUGUUUACUUUAUUUUAUUUUUCAUUGCAAAGUUAUUGUAUAUAGGAUAAGGAAGAACUUUUGGAGACUCUAAUGUUUAUAUUACUUCCCAUUGUGUUGUUUUGUUUGAGGCUACUACAUGCA